UCUUCUAACGGAGGAAAGGGAAAGGGAUCUCUUGUGGUUAAUUUCUCGUGAACCUUUUUGGACCAUUUUUAACUCCAUCUUUUAAUUUGUUGUUCAUAGUCGUUGCUUAAUAUUUAGGCAACUAUAUAUGCGCAUGCUUCACGAUUUUGACGCUUUGAUCCUUUGUAAAAAGAGCUUGCUUUUCCUCUUUAGAUCUUGUCAAAAUAGUUUUUCUUGACUAUCACAACUUACUAGCUUGGGUUUCUGAUGAUGAUCUCCCCCCAUUUUCUCAUUCUGAUGUUGUUGGAUUGCUGCAACUUUGAGUCGAUCAUGAAUUAAAUUAGCUAACAUACAUGUUGUAUGAGAAACCCUAACUAUCCAUGGUGUCGUAUGAAUUGGUUUGAUAUAUGUCAUGACCAUGGAGAAAAGUGAAGAAUCAACAUUAAUUAUCAUGGGGAGAGGGAAGAUUGAGAUCAAGCGUAUCGAGAACAACACGAGCCGGCAAGUUACCUUCUGCAAGAGGCGGAACGGGUUGCUCAAGAAAGCCUAUGAAUUGUCUGUGCUUUGCGACGCAGAGCUUGCGCUGAUCGUCUUCUCCAGCCGCGGCCGCCUGUACGAGUACUCCAACAAUAGCACCAAGACAACAAUAGAGAGGUACAAGAAGGCAUGCGCCAACACUUCAAAUGCAACCUGCACUAUUGACACCAACUCUCAGCAAUACUUUCAGCAGGAAUCAGCAAAGUUGCGCCACCAGAUACAGAUUCUACAAAAUGCAAACAAGCACUUGAUGAGUGAAUCCUUGAGCUCACUCAGUGUAAAAGAGCUAAAGCAACUGGAAAACAGACUUGAAAGAGGCAUCACAAGGAUCAGAUCAAAAAAGCACGAGCUGUUGUUUGCAGAGAUUGAGUACAUGCGGAAAAGGGUAAACUUUUUCAGUCUUUGUUACGCUUAA